AUGGCAUCAUCCAGCAGGAGUAUUAGUUUAAGUUUGAUCCUCACAAGUGCAUUAAAAGCCCCUUCCAGGUCCCCAGAGACCCCAGGCCUUGUAAGUGCGGUGGGGCUGGGCUCCGCAAACCCUCACAUCCCUCCGAAGCAACCGGGCGCCUGCAGCCGUGCGGUCCUCCCUCCGCUCGGCAAAUAUUUAUUAGGCGCCCACUCUGCGUCAGGCACUCGGUCGGGUAAACUAGACGCGGAUGCUCCCAGCCCCCUGUUAGAUGUACCCACGAAAACUCAGGAUCUCGGAAAACCAUUGGAAACUGCGGACGUUCUGUUUUGGGGGGGAAGCAGCUUACACAAUGUGUCGCCCCCACUCUCUCACCGCCUGCCGCGAGCAGUUCCCGAGUCCGAAGGGCAUUCCCCUCAGGGGCGCUCCCGGGUCGACCUCUCCUUUCCUUUUUCAAAAGCGGGUCCCGAGGCGUUGAGUAACCUGAUCACCGCGGAAAGAGCCGCGACGCGGAAGUCUUCCGAUUGGUUUCCAGUUCCAGGAAGUUGCCGACUUGGGGCAAAUCCCAUCGCCCCUGGGACAGUUUCUAAUCAGAAGAGUGAAAGGAAGGGCUGCUCGCAGCCUCCAGGUUCUCGGCGUGCACUCCCACGUGGGAGGGCGGCCUCCGUCUGUGAGGGAGGCCGAGCCCGCGUGGGAGGGCGGGGGGAGGGGAGGCUGUGGCCUCCCGGAGGGUGUGUGCGUGUCUGUUUGGGGGAGCUCCAGAACACAAAGAAGGCGAGGGACCACCCAGACGGCGAGCAGACAGCCGGGCCUGCGGGGGGUCGAGGCUCGGCUCCACGCACCCCGCUCUCCCCUCCCCCCCGCCGCCGACGCCAGACCCGCGUGACCCCCGCGCUCUGUGGUGCUCCUCAGUAUUCAUGCAUAACAGCUCCCAACUGUGGGCGCUUCUCCGAGCCACGCACGGUGCGGGCGACCGACCGAGUCGGCUCCCUUUCCCGCGGGCAAAGCAGGUCCGCGCGGCGGCCCGCUGGGGCUCGGGACGGUUACGGCAGUUACACGAAGUCACGUGGCUCGCCCUGGGCCCCGGCUCUUCACCUUCUCACAGGACCGUCUUCCUCGCUUCCGGAAAAGGCAGUGGGACGGGCUCCCACUAUCGCGGAACACGGGAACGGGGUCGUUAUGGUGCUGAGGGUUUGUUGUCUCCCAACUAGGGGACGGUCGCCGCAGUUUACACGCGACCUUAGACUCUACUGGAGCCCCCCUGCUUCCAUUCAGAAACUCCCUUUCUCCCCGCCCGGGUGCCCCACAGCGCCCCUCCCCCGCCACUGUGAGGGGUCGGCUCUGAAGCGCAGUCUGCGAGGAACAAUAGGCGUCCUCCCCCGAAAGGCGGACAGCGAUUUGCAUCUCGGUGGAGCUCAGGCCGGGACUCCCGGUUUGGACUCUGACCCCUGUACUAAAGAUCUGCUUUGGGAAUUUCCUGUGACCUGUUAAGAGAGAGACACAGCAGAGGAAGUGGGAGAGGGAGAAGCAGGCUUCCCGCGGAGCAGAGAGGCCGAUGUGGGAUUCGAUCUCAAGACCCGGGGACCAUGACCCCAGCCGAAGGCAGACACUGAACAACUGAGCCACCCAG